AUGAGUUUGGCCAACUUUAGACCAGGUGAGAAUGAGCUGGCCAACUUUAGACCAGGUGAGAAUGAGCUGGCCAACUUUAGACCAGGUGAGAAUGAGCUGCCCAACUUUAGACCAGGUGAGAAUGAAUUUGGCCAACUUUAGACCAGGUGAGAAUGAGCUGCCCAACUUUAGACCAGGUGAGAAUGAGCUGGCCAACUUUAGACCAGGUGAGAAUGAGCUGCCCAACUUUAGACCAGGUGAGAAUGAGCUGCCCAACUUUAGACCAGGUGAGAAUGAGCUGGCCAACUUUAGACCAGGUGAGAAUGAGCUGGCCAACUUUAGACCAGUUGAGAAUGAGCUGGCCAACUUUAGACCAGGUGAGAAUGAGCUGGCCAACUUUAGACCAGGUGAGAAUGAGCUGGCCAACUUUAGACCAGGUGAGAAUGAGCUGGCCAACUUUAGACCAGGUGAGAAUGAGCUGCCCAACUUUAGACUAGAUGAGAAUGAGUUUGGCCAACUUUAGACCAGUUGAGAAUGAGCUGCUCAACUUUAGACCAGGUGAGAAUGAGCUGGCCAACUUUAGACCUGGUGAGAAUGAGCUGGCCAACUUUAGGCCAGGUGAGAAUUACUUCAUGGCUAAUUCCCAUCCUCUACCCUCUAUUUCAACACGUAGUCCUGGGGUCUACUGAACGAUAUGGUCAUUGGUCAUAGGGUCAAAUAAAAGGGUAUGGCCUUAAAUACGGUCGAGGAAGGAUUAGUUUAGGAUUAGUUUGGGUAAUCUACAUCUACACCUUUUACCACCAGGGGGCAGCAUUGCGCAAGGAGAGAAAGCUUUUUACUUGGGGGAUGUGGGGCCCUCACAGUGGUUGCAAAAGUCUAUAAUUACACUGUGGUCCAAGAAAGUGGAGUUGCAUGUAAGGAAGAAAACCCCACCUGUGAGAGGGAGUCAACUCUUGGUCUGAUAGAUAAACGGCCUUCUGAGACUGUGUGGUUUUGGACACACUAGCACUCCUUUGAAUCAGCUUUGCUGAACACUCACUUUUACCUUAUGUAAAUGUGUGUGUAUGUAUGUAUUUGUGUGUGUGUGUGUGUGUGUGUGUGUUUGCGUGUUUACAGGUUUUACACUCCUGGUGCGAACCAAAGAACCCUGCAAGGGUCACAUAACAAGAAAAACGUAUCCUUGUGGAUACAUUUUGCCAGUCUAGAGAGGACAACUAUUUUUGGCUGAGGGGACAGGUUUAGGGUAAAUGUUACAGUUGGGUUCAUUAGGGCUGGAAUAAGCAUUAGAAGUUGGGA